AUGACGUCUCUCCGCCUUCGAAUUGAUGGCACGAGAUUUAGAGAUCCCCAAAACCGUGAAAUCACACUGAGGGGAAUAAACGUUGCGGGCGAAGCCAAGUAUCCGAGAACCCCUAAUGUCCCUUCGAACGUCGCCGAUAAAUUCUUUGACGCCGACAACGUUUCAUUUGUCGGACGGCCGUUCUCGCUUGAUGAAGCACAUACACAUUUUUCCAGGCUCUGGAAGCUAGGAUAUAAUACUAUACGAUACAUGUUCACUUGGGAAGCAAUUGAGCAUGAAGGACCGGGUAAAUAUGACGACGAGUGGAUAUCCUUUACCAUAGAAGUCCUGAGGAUCGCGAAGCAAUAUCAGUUCUACGUGUUUAUGGAUCCGCAUCAGGAUGUGUGGUCUAGGCUGUCAGGAGGUUCUGGUGCACCUGCAUGGACGCUUUAUGCUGCAGGUUUGGACCCUAGAGGUUUCAAGAAAACACAGGCCGCUUUGGUGCAGAAUACAUGGGACGACCCUGCCAAGUUUCCGAAAAUGAUAUGGGCGACGAACUAUACUAGGCUGGUCUGCCAAACGAUGUUCACACUCUUCUGGGCCGGGCGGGAUUUUGCGCCCAAAGCGAUCAUAAAUGGCAUGAACAUCCAAGACUACCUCCAGGAUCACUAUAUUGCUGCUUGUAAGCAUUUUGCGCAAAAGAUCCAUGACGCUGGUGAUCUUGAGAAUGAGGUGGUUAUCGGAUGGGAAAGCAUAAACGAACCUCAGCGAGGCCUGAUUGGCUACCAAGACAUAUCCGUGAUACCUCCAGACCAGCAGCUCCAGCUAGGCACAUCGCCGACUGCGUUUCAAGCCAUGCUUACCGGUUCAGGACGUGCUUGUGAAGAGGCAAUAUGGGGCUUCGGAGGGUUUGGCCCUUAUCAAAGUGGCCGAGAGCUUGUGGACGCAGAGGGCGAGACAGCUUGGCUGCCGGUAACCUAUGAUGACUCCAAGUAUGGCUGGACGAGAGACCCUAACUGGAAGCUGGGCGAAUGCUUGUGGGCUCAACAUGGCGUCUGGGACCCCUCAAAGGACGAGCUUCUACAGAAAGACUACUUUGCUAAGAAGCCUCGAACCGGAGAGCCGCUCGAUUACGACAAAUUUACCAACACUUAUUUCUUGGAACACUAUAGAGCUUACACGGAAGCGAUCAGAAGUGUAUGGCCUGGUUCAAUCAUGCUAUGCCAACCACCGGUCAUGGAGAUUCCUCCUGACAUUAAGGGGUCGAAUGAUGACGAUCCGAACAUGGUUCACGCCGUCCACUACUACGACGGCCUCACUCUAAUGUCUAAACAUUGGAACCGAUUUUAUAAUGUGGAUGUGAUUGGCGUUCUUCGCGGAAAGUACCUCACACCGGCUUUUGGUGUCAAGAUAGGAGAGACUGCAAUCAGGAAUUGCUUGCGUGAUCAGCUCAAGUUUCUGAGAGACGAGAGUUACAGAUACAUGGGAAACCACCCGCUGAUAUUCACUGAGACUGGAAUACCCUAUGACAUGGAUGACAAACAUGCCUACAAAACUGGUGACUACAGCAGCCAGAUAAGUGCUAUGGAUGCGUGUCACUACGCACUAGAGGGUAGCUCUUCCAAUGGUUUUACUCUGUGGGUCUAUACGGCAAAGAAUGACCACGAAUGGGGCGAUCAAUGGAACGGAGAAGAUUUGUCCAUAUAUUCUGCCGACGACCUUGAGCUUCCAAGCGGCAAGUCUUUAGAUCCCGAGUCAAACAGCCGGUUAGACCACCAGUCCCCCUCAUACUCGUCCAGUCGAAGCCACAACAGCGACCAACAGAUAAACCAUAGGAACUUGAAAGAUACUAUCAAGGCACCAUCCAUAACGUCAGAAGUUUCUCAGCUUGACGAAGAUAAAUUGGGAUACCGUGCUGCAGAAGCCUAUCUUCGGCCGAGUCCCAUCGUCACUAAUGGGUCGAUAUCUCAGUACGGGUUUGACCUGCAGAAUUGUAUUUUCACCAUGUCACUUGUCGGCAACAAAGCGACACCAGGGCAAGACACACCCACGGAGAUCUUCCUGCCGGACUUCCAUUUCCCUGGCACACACACGAAAGUCAGUGUCAGCUCGGGGGAGUGGUCGAUUGACUACUCGGAUGUUAGAAAUGUUCGUGUCCAGCGGCUUCAAUGGCGGCACCCUCCGGGUGACCAAAAUAUCAAGAUCCAGGGUGUCAAGCGUAAAGGCGGUGCUUUGGCGGCCCCAUCGGCGGAGGACGACUAG